CUCCUUCCCUUUCUCUUUGGAAAAUCUGAAGCUACAGGGAAGAAGAAACUCGGAGAGAGGGGUCUGCUGCGCGCAGGAUAAUUACAUCCAAGAUUUCAGAGAUCAUGGAGCUAUAACUGGAAAUCUAGAGAGGUCGUUAAUGGUGAGCAGUUGUGGGAUGGUGGAGGUGGAAGAGAACGAGGUGGAGCUGACUUUGGGGUUAUCGAUCGGUGGAUGUUUCAGAAGAUCAGAGGAAAAGGUAACUUCUCCUUGUCUUUUUGAAGUGAAAUAUGGGGAAGCCGAAGGGAGUAUUAGAGAGAAGGAGAGGAGUCUGAGUGGAUCUGGUUUGUCGUCAACGGUGGAUGGAGGUGGAGGUGAAGGAGAAGGUAAGGUAAGGAGCUGUGGAGGGGAUGAUAUACUGUAUCCACAGAAGAGGCGGGAGAUUCAUGCGCUGAGACGACAAGAAGCGAGGAAGAAGAGAGAAGAGAAGCAGCAGAAGAAGGGGAUCUGUAAAGGUAGGCGGGGAAGUUGUGUGAAUGGGAACGUUCCUAUGAGGAUCGGUUCUUUGGAUGUGAAGAUGUGGGUGGAAGGGCAGGAGAUUCAGUCUAGAGUUCGGGAUCGAGAAGGAAUGGAAAAUGCAGGAACUGGAUUCGACCGUGCUUGUAAGAAAUACAAAUUUGAGAGUACCGGAUCUGAUAACCAGCAAGCAGAAGAGCAGACAUUGAAACAGAAUCAGAACCACAACCAGAAUCCCUCUGCUUUUGCUGCGCCUCCAUUUCCUGUUGUGCCGAUGCAAUAUCCUUUCCCUCAUCUGCAGUAUGUGCCUUUUACUAAUGGAUUCACCUUCCCUUACGUGAUGCCUUGCUGGGCUCCGCCUAUUGCAGCUGUUGGUAAUGACAAGAAUGUGAUUCAGCCGGUGGCUUGUCGAGUUUUCCAUCCUUUUCAGGUGCCGACGAAUCAAAAUGCAAAUAAACAGCCACCAAUUUGUGAUUCAGAGCAUGACGGAAGCAAGAGUGGUGUAGCUAAUGGGACACACUCCUCUCUUUACUCCAGUGGAUCGGCUGGGAGCAGCUCGUCUGCGGUUUCCGACUACCAAAGCACUUCCCUACAAGGAGGGAACAGCAGUGGCACGAGAAGCCAUUCGAGUCAUUCUCUAUCAGAGAAGCCUAGAGCACAAGUUACAGUUGUGGGCAAACAACAAGGACAAUCUGAACAAAGAGUUUCCUCUCCUCCUGUGGGGUUAAUCCAAGCUGUGGACCAACCAACCCAUCAUAUUACGAAGGUGGUUUCCUCAAAUGCAGCCCCAUCCAGCCCCAAGAAACCUGAGGAAGAACCCAUCUCAGGAAAAGAGCCCCUUCCCACUAACAAACCCAUUUCAACUGCUGCUAACCCACCUCCUCCUCAUCCAUUGAAGGAAGCAAGGGUCGAUGUCAAGAGGCCCCCCAAGCUUCCCCAGCCUCCUCAAGCCUCACCCAUGCCGCACAUGCCCUAUGUGUCCACGACAGGGAAUGGCCCAAAUGGRAAAACCAUUACUGGGUUCUUGUACAGGUACACAAAAACUGAAGUUAGUAUCAUCUGUGUAUGUCAUGGAACUUCAUUUUCACCAGUCGAGUUUGUGAAGCAUGCAGGGGGAAUGGAUGUCUCCCACCCCUUGAGGCACAUAAUUGUGGUUCCCCCUUCUAUCUAGUAAUCAGAUAGCUGAAGUAUUACGGUUUGGUUUUUCUCUUUUUCAGCUUCUUGAUCUUGUACCAUUUUAUUGGGGACUGGUUGUUAGAGAAAGGGAAGAGAGAGCUUGUCUUACUUUGGUGUUGUCACUAGACUUGGAGUCAAUGAGUGCUUUGUAUAGUAAAAAUGUUAAAUGAUCUCAUCCAUGCAAAUGGCUGGAGGAGUUAUUUUUUUCCUCUGUUUACACUAACAAUUUGUAACCUUGGAUCAGAUGUUCUUGGGAAUUACAUGCAAAUCUGUCGUCUUAUACUCUU